UAAACUUUCGCGGAUAGAUACAGCGAUACCCCAGGGUUACGUCUGACACCCAUGUCUCAGCGAUCGAGGUACACGAUGUAACUGAGUGGACAAAGAGACUUCGCGCCUCAAACCUCAACAUCAAUUGUUAAACCAUCAUCGACUCAACAUCGCCUAUCAUCAGUCUCGUAUCUCCCCGCGCUCACGUCAGAAACGAAAACAAGGUGCGACACGAUAGGAUCCUCACGAAACACGAACAUCGAUAAGCGCUCCCCAUUCUCCACAUUUCCUCUGCAUCCUUCGGCACCGGGUCUUCCGGAGCAGGCAAAUCCGCCGAGCCAAGCCCAGAGGCCAUUAGCUUUCGUAUACGCAAUCCAUUCCUCAUAUUUUCUUCUGUAUAAUUCUUAUUGAGCUCCCGGAAAUGGUGAGCCAUGAAGACGACGAAGAAUCACAACCUCUGAUGGCUCGCACCGAUUCUAUAGACGUCGGCGUCGUGCCCGUCAGCGGCAGCGAUACCGACCGCGAGAAUGCCCAUCCUGAUGCGCCGCUCGACACCGGAACGACACUCGAAGUCGAUGAUAGCGGCCCUUCGACCCCACGGUUUAUCCAAGAUGAGACUACAUGGAAGAGAUGGAACUGGGUCCCAUAUCCCAUUCGACGAGCUUCGAAAUGGGUUGCGAAAUGGUCUCGCGGUCCUGUGAACCCUCAACCUUUUCGCAUUAAACCACUCUUCCCAGCUAUCCAGGAAUACCCCCUCGUCCUUGUCGAGCGCAUCAUUCCCAAGCUCAAACACCGAUUUUGGCUCGUCUUCUGCUAUCUAUCCAUCUGGUUCGUCACUUUCGCUCUUGUUAAACGCCGCGACACCAUGGCCAGCGAGAUCGAAGGAUGGGGCACACCACAAACCAUUGGAUGCGGUGUUUCAUACUGGACCGCUGGGAACUCGUGUGGUUUGGAUGGAAGCGACUGUCGCCCUUUCAAUGGCAGUGGUUUUCCAUUCAGGUGCAGGGCCAAUUGCGAAGGCUACCAUGUUUUGAACCCCAGAGCUGUUGGGGACCAAGAGCUUAUCUAUGCACCCAUGGUCGUAGGAGGGCCGGGUACCAAUGGGUCUGCUGAGCCUGUGUACCGCGGAGAUUCGUUCGUCUGUGCUGCCGCUAUCCACGCUGGCGUCGUUUCGAACCAAGACGGCGGUUGUGGUGUUGUUGAGCUGGUUGGCCGUAAUGAGAAUUAUGCUGCGUCUAAACAUCAUGGUAUUUCAAGUUUGGGAUUUGACUCUUAUUUCCCAUUGUCGUUCCGCUUCGUUCCAGAUGUCAAAUGUUCCGCGAUCGAUUCGCGAUGGGACUUGUUGGCUGUUUCAACCGUCUUUGCUGGAGUUUUGUCCCUCUUCACCAAUUCCGCUCCCCUCUUCUUCUUCACCAUCUUCACGGCCAUCUUCUGGACUGUUGGUAUGGCACUUGACCCGCCUCCAUCUAGAACAGUUGCGGCUUUGUUCUCCAAUUUGAUCGGAAAGUUCCUCCCCGCCAUGUUUUGUGCAUGGGUCAUGUACGACAAGAUGGGUGUUCGUCGCACCCUCAAGGGUCUCACGGCACAGAUCGAAAAGACAAUCUUGUGGCUCGGCGGAUGCUGGGUUGGUGGAAUGGAGAACUAUACCCUCAGCUUCAUCCCCAUUUCGCGCCUUAACAAGCACGAUCUGAAUCAGCAACCAGGCGCCAGGGCAGCCCUUGCUAUCAUCAUAAUCGUGCUUGUCGUCAUUGUCUCUUCGCAGGUGUGGUUCUUCAGGCAAGAAGGACGCCUGAUCAAAUACCUCAAGCUCUACGCACUACUUAUCGCGGCCAUCCUUAUCUCCCUUACCAUUCCGAGCCUCAAUCUGCGAAUUCACCACUACAUUAUUGCCCUCCUGCUUCUUCCUGGGACGAGCAUGCAGACAAGACCAUCCCUUCUAUACCAAGGACUUCUCGUUGGUCUCUUCAUUAGUGGUAUCGCUCGAUGGGGCUUUGAUCCUGUGCUUCAAACCUCUGAAGCUCUACAAGGUGAUGCUCAAAAGGGCUCAAAAUUACCAGCAAUCAACGAGCCUGUCAUCCACCUUGCCAAUGGCACAGACACAUUGUCAAACAUUACUUUCACAUGGAACGAGCCGCCACGGCAGCUGUACGAUGGGAUCAGUAUCCUGGUAAACGACGUCGAGCGUUUCCGUACAUACUUUGGCGAUGUUGAUGCGGAGCGUAGCUUUGUCUGGAGCAGAAACAGCACUUUGGAUCUACCAGAGUACUUCCGCUUUGCAUAUAUGGAUGGAAGUGAGAGUGGAGAUUAUACCAAGGCCGGCACCUGGACAGCAGAUGGCGAGUGGAACAAGAUGAAACCUGGUCCCUCGCGGGUCAAAGCCCGUAGUUUGGACCAGGAUAAGCUGGUAAGCGAUGCGUUAUGAGCACGGUUGGAUGUAUGAAGUGAAUCAUGUCCAAGAAAGGCAUCUUCCAGAUAAGAUCGGACGCCGCAGCUUAGAUGAGGAGAAAUCAGCGAGGUGCUGCGAUUAGGAUAAGUUCAUGCAAGGGUUUACAGAGAAAGGAAUAAGAAAGAGAAGCACUUAGAAAUAAGACAUUUGAGACAGACAAGGCAAGGUAGGUAGGUUACUGUCUUUUCCGAUGAGCGCGCAAGCAAGAGUUAGAUUUUACUAUUAUAAGCAUGAUAAUGAAUAAACAUGAUCUUCGUUACA